AUGCCGGUCACAGCCAUGCAACAGAUCCUGAUUGAGCUCACUGAUAGCAGCGGGCGUCGGUUCAGUCGUAACGGGCGGACUGGUAUACUUCAGGACACAGAAGACGCAAGAUGCGAAGCCAGGGCAGACAAAUCCAGUGCAGUUGAGAAAAUCCACAACGAGCUCGGCGAGGACGCCAUCAGUACUGAUGAAGAGGACUUGAAGAACCAUGGGUACUCUCAGUAUUCAUCCACCAACAUCGACAGACUUCCUGUGGCCGUGGCGUAUCCACAAUCGACGGAGGACGUUGCAGCGAUUGCCCGGAUAUGUCACGAAUAUAGAGUCCCGAUGAUUGCGUUUUCCGGAGGAUCCAGCAUUGAAGGGCAUUUUUCAGCCCCCUUUGGCGGAGUCAGCGUGGACUUUAUGAACAUGAAUAAGAUCGUCGAGUUUCAUCCGGAGGAGUAUGUAUCCUCGUUGACACCGAGCGACCAAAGGCUCACCACGAACAGCAUGGACAUCGUCGUCCAGCCGGCCGUGUCGUGGGUCGAUAUGAACUACGAGAUCAAGGACAGCGGGCUGUUCUUCCCUGUUGACCCAGGGCCACCGGCUAAGAUCGGAGGAAUGGUUGCGACCAACUGCAGUGGCACCAACGCCAUCCGCUACGGGACGAUGAAUGACUGGGUGAUCAAUCUGACAGUAGUCCUCGCCGACGGUGGGGUCAUCAAGACGCGAAAGCGACCGAGAAAAUCAUCCGCCGGAUACAACCUCAACGGCCUCUUUACCGGCUCAGAAGGCACCCUCGGAUUCGUGACAGAAGCGACUCUCAAGCUGGCGCCCAUCCCAGAGAAGUCUGCGGUCGCGGUGACGACCUUCUCGAGCAUGAGAGACGCCGCGCUGGCCGCGAUCCAGAUAGUGCACGCCGGAAUUCCAGUCGGGGCUGUAGAGAUCCUGGACGACGUGCAGAUGGACGUGGUUAAUAAGAUGGGAGGCACCGGCUCUUCGAUGGGCUCAAGGACCGCGACCGGGCAAGGAAUUCAUGACGCACGAGGUGGACGAGGGCUCGCUGGAGGUGAUGAGGAGUGUCAAGGCGGCGCUGGAUCCCCACUGGCUGAUGAACCCAGGCAAGAUAUUCGACGCUUAGCUGCUACAUCCAGUCAUUGCGUGACCAUAUCGCUUACCUGGAGGAGUCGAUACCCCAGCCAUCACCCGUCAAUGACCUCUCCGGUCCCAGCACCGCCAGUCAGACCUCCCGUCUCUUGUCAGGCUCAGAUCCAGGAACAUUGCGAGCACUAUCCAUCGCCUGAAAGCCCGUCGCUAUCAAAAUCAAUCAGUGGCAUGGGUGCCCCCGCGACCGAUCCGCAACCAGCGACUCCUUCCGCCGCAUCCUGCAAUGUCGCCUGUGCUCCUGGCCUCUCCUCGUUGCUAUCGGACGACUACUCUCUUCCUCCCCGAAAGACAGCCGACUGGUUGAUGAACAUCUACUUUACCAGCUCCCACUUGUUCUAUCACUGGGUGCACAAGGAAAGCUUCCUGGCCUCGUACGACUUCAUCUGGUCAAGUCAGGAUGGCACUCCGUUGGAUAGCUUUCCUGAUGUUGGUGUUGGCGGGAGAAACUGUCCUCCGAUAAUGUUCUACUGUGCCCUGAACGCCAUGUUCGCCAUAGCAUGUGAAUUCUCCAACAUGCCCCCUCAAGAGAAGCGAUCAACGUCGCUCAUGUUCUAUGAGCGCAUGAAGGGACUUAUUAACAUCGACAUUCUCGACAAUGGAAGCCUUGCGCAUGUCCAAGCCCUGUUGCUGGUCGCCAUCUACCUGCAAUGCACGCCGUACCCCAACCGAUGCUGGAACAUCGUGGGGAUGGCAUAUCGCAUAUCGAUCGGGCUGGGACUCCACCUCCGCCGGUAUGGCAGCGACAUGACAAACCUAGAAAAGGAGAUUCGAUGGCGGACUUGGUGUGCCUGUGUGCACAUGGAUAUUAUGGUCAGCAUGACAAUGGGCCGGCCAGCAAUGACCCCCGUUCCUUACAACGUCCCGCUACCGUCUCCAAUUGACGACAAGUACCUGGCGAUGGAGGGGACGGUCGAGCAACCGCCCGGCGAAGUCUCGGGGAAUCUAUUUCUAUACGAAAACACGAGGUUGACUGGUAUUCUGGGCAAAAUCCUGUCGACCAUUUAUCACAGUGCGGAACCAACAUCGGAGCCCAACACACCGCAAAAGGCAGCGUUGAAUCUUCAGGCAGUACUGGAUAUCGACUGUGCUCUGGUCGAGUAUGAACAGUCACUUAAUCCGGCUCUGCAGUGGGACCCUGGCGCCCAGUCGCCACUCAGUGCAGUCCCGCUGUGCAGGCGACUAUCGAAUGUUCUUCAUGCUAGAUUCUUGCAUUUGCGGCUAUUGCUAUAUCGCACGGCGUUCAGUCAAUAUUGUUCGUCAUUGACCAACCAGGGCGAAGUCAACUCGAAGCCAGGGACGCGACGAUGGUCGGUGCUAUGCCGUUCCAAUUGCGCAGCAGGCUGUGUCCAGGCGGCAUGCGACCUGAUCGAAUCUCUAUCAAGGGCGACAAUGCAAGACGCCUCAGGUGCCUGGUGGUAUGGGAUCUUCUACUUGAUCAGCGCAGGGUUUAUUCUCCUCUUGGCGUAUUCGUCCGAUGCGUCUUUCGAAGGGCCGGACAAAGACCACCGAGAUCGCGCAUGGGACCGGUGCAUCCACACUCUGAAUUGUAUGGUCGAUGUCCACCCUUCAGCCAGAGACUAUGAAAUUGCCCUAACUGGGCUAAGGCAAGCCCAGGUACAGAGCACUCGUUCUCCAGCAGAGGCAGAGGCGCAAAGUACGAACAUUGAUUCGAACGGAACCAUAUGGGAUGAACAGAACAAUCAAGUGGAAGCUGGCCCCAGCGGUUUGUACAAUGCCCUUGACCCACUUAUUUCAAACUGGGACAAUGGAAUCGAAGAUAUCAUGUUACCGGCUCAGUUCCUGCAGGAUAUGGGUGAUGGAUUGCUCCUACCGAGCUUUUUCUGA